UCAUCCUCUCUCUCUCCUUCUCACACACUUCACCCCAGAGGCUCGGCAGACGGGCGUGUGGCAUAGAUCACUGACGCUCUCAGAUCUUCCAGCACGUGGAGAGACGCAAACAGACGGAAGCUGGAGGUCUGGAACGCUGGACAUCCUCACCUCGUCGCUGUUGUUUGAUUUGCUCGGCUGCAGGGGGGCGCUGGAAGCUCCAUUCAUCACCACAGAGACGACAGCACUUUGUCCAGACUCACCAGGCAGGCCUUCUUGCCAAGACAAGCAUCCAUUAGUGCAGAAACAUGGGUUCAGGAGGCCUGACAUUCAGCUGCUUGGUUUUGGCCACCCUGGUGACUCUAAAUCAUGCUGGCCUGGUAAAGAAGAUGAUCAGACACCGGCGGGAAGCUCUGACGAUUCCCGGCAUACACAAUGUAACCCUUCCGAGCUCCUCUCAACCGGUCUUUUUUAACCACGUCUACAACAUCAAAGUUCCAGGUAGCUCUCUGUGCUCGGUGGAUCUGGACUCUCCUGUCGGUUCGGAUCUUGAGCAGAAGGAUGCGCCAUCUGGCUCAGAAGUAACAGACCACACAUUAGAUGGCGGUAAUCAGGUCGUCUUCACCCAUCGCAUCAACAUCCCCAAGCAGGCGUGUGGCUGUACGGAUGGGUUGCUGGACCUGAAGGAGCUCCUGAAUCGGCUGGAGAUGUUGGAGGGCGAGGUGUCGACGCUCAGAGAGCAAUGCGCCACAGAAACCACCUGCUGCAGCGCUCAGGCCACAGGUACUGUAGGAACGAAGCCCUACUGCAGCGGCCGUGGAAACUAUAGCACGGAGACCUGCGGCUGUAUAUGUGAGCCCGGAUGGAAGGGCCCCAACUGCACCGUUCCCGACUGUCCCGGAGACUGCAACGACCAGGGCCGCUGCAUUAAUGGAAAGUGUGAGUGUUUCAAUGGCUUCGUGGGUGAUGACUGUAGCAUGGAGACCUGUCUGGUUGACUGUGGCGAGAACGGGCGGUGCAUUAACGGAGCAUGCGUUUGCAAUGAAGGCUUCUCUGGGGAUGAUUGCACAGAGACGGAUUGUCUCAACAACUGUUUGGGACGCGGCCGCUGUGUUGAUAGCGAGUGUGUCUGCGACGAACCCUGGACCGGAUUCGAUUGCUCCGAGCUCAUCUGUCCGCAUGACUGCUACGACCGCGGGCGAUGUGAAAAUGGGACUUGUUAUUGCGAUAAAGGCUACACUGGAGAGGACUGCGGGGCAUUCGCUUGUUCGAACGACUGCUCGGGACGAGGUUUUUGUAUUGACGGCCGCUGCGAAUGCGACGCCGGCUACUCCGGCGAGGAUUGUUCCAGCUUGACCUGUCCGAGCGACUGCAACCAAAGAGGGCACUGUUUCAACGGCGUGUGCAUUUGUGAAAUGGGUUAUUUCGGAGAGGACUGUGGGAAGCUCUCCUGCCCGAAUAACUGCAACAGUAGAGGGCGCUGCAUUAAUGGUCGUUGUGAAUGCAACGUCGGAUUCCAAGGCCGUGAUUGUUCGGAGUUUAGCUGCCCCAAUGAUUGCAAUAACCGCGGGCGCUGCGUUAACGGCCAGUGUGUUUGUGAAGAGGGAUUCGGUGGCGAGGAUUGCAGCAUCAAAACCUGCCCGUCGGACUGCUAUGGCCGAGGCCAGUGUGUGGAUGGGAAGUGCAUUUGCUUUGCGAACUUUGCCGGCGAAGACUGCGGUGAAAUUAGUUGCCCGAGCAACUGCCUGAACCGUGGACGUUGUGUCACGGGGCAAUGCGUUUGCAACGAAGGCUUCACCGGAGAGGACUGUGGUCAGAGGAAGUGUUCCAACGACUGCCUCGGCCGUGGACGUUGCGUGGAGGGACAGUGCGUUUGCCAGGAGGGUUUUGAGGGCCUGGAUUGCUCCGUUCCCACCUGCCCUGGAAACUGCAAUAACCGUGGGCGCUGCUUCAAUGGGAAAUGUGUCUGUGAUGAGGGAUUCGCUGGAGAUGCCUGUGGAGAAAGAAGCUGUCCGAAUGACUGCAAUGGUGCGGGGCAAUGUGUGGGCGGCCGCUGUGUAUGCGAUGAAGGCUACAUUGGCGAGGACUGCUCAGAAGUCUCACCACCGGAAGACCUGACCAUUACAGAUGUGACCACGGAGAAGGUGAACCUCACAUGGAAGAACGAGAUGCUGGUGGCGGAGUAUUUGGUUACAUACGUCCCGACGUCACCAGGCGGCCUGCAGUUGGACUUCCGUGUGCCUGGAGAUCGUAAGUCUGCUACCGUCUCUGAGCUGGAGCCAGGAAUCGAGUAUCUCAUCAACGUUUAUGCCAUCCUCAACAACAAGAAGAGCAUUCCUGUCAGCGCCAGAGUGGCCACAUGUAUGUUCACACGCCCUGAUCAACAUUACACAAAUGCAAUCACUAUACAAAACUGUGAAGCGUAUAUUUAUAUACAUAAAUGGAACUUAAAUGUUUGUCUAACGCUGGACAUGUGGUAUUUUGCAGUUAAAGAAGAAAACGGGAAGAUCGUGAACAAUCUGACACCUUCCCAGACCAACUUUGAGCAACCAGGACUCGGCCCCGGCCAGGAAUAUGAAGUCACUUUGUCCGUCAUUAAGAACAACACCAGAGGACCCGAAACUAGCUCCACUGUAGUAACAAGAAUCGAUUCUCCAGGGCAGAUUGAUGUUGACGAUGUGACAGACCGGUCUGCAGUGAUCUCCUGGUCCAUACCCGUGGCUCAGGUGGACGGGUUCAGGGUGUCGUACGGGCCGAGCACAGACCUGUUAGUCCAUCGAGAUGUCGACCUCCCGGCCACAGACACACAGUACAGUCUGGAGGACCUGGAACCAGACACCGAAUACAGAGUGUCUCUCAGUUCAAAGAGGGGAGACGUGACCAGCGAGCCCAUCUUUGAGAGCUUCAGCACGGGUCUGGAUGCCCCCACUGACCUAAAAGCUGUUGAUCAGACUGACAGCAGCAUCACACUGGAAUGGAAAAACAGCCGUUCAUCCAUCGACGGAUACCGUAUCAAGUACGGCCCGAUCGCAGGAGGUGCUCAUGGUGAAGACAUGUUCCCUAGAAGAGCUGGAGACACGACAUGGGCCACGAUUACAGGCCUGAAGCCUGGAACGGAGUAUGGCAUUGGAGUCACAGCCGUUCACAAUGAAAGAGAGAGUGAGCCAGCGACCACCAACGCACUGACCGAUCUGGAUCCUCCACGAGACUUGGAAGUGCGAGACUCCACCGAAACCACCCUGGAACUGGUCUGGAAGAGGGCCAGGGCCAAGAUCUCCACCUACAGGCUAGCGUUUGUCUCUGCCGACGGCCGACGGGAAGAAGUCGAGCUGCCUGCUACCGCAACCGCCUACACCCUGAGCGGCUUGAGCCCUGGCAUGCGCUACACCGUCACCCUCGUGGCAGAACGCGGACAGAGGAGAAGUGCUCCUGCCACCGUCACCGCAUCCACAGAGGAGCAGAGGCCGCAGAUUGGCAGUCUGAGUGUGUCUGAUGUAUCUUGGGAUAGCUUCAAUGUGUCCUGGACCAUUGAGGAUGGCUCUGCCUUUGAGAGUUUUGUGAUUGAAGUGGCAAAUUCAGCAGGUCCAGAAAGACAGAACCUUUCGGUAUCUGGUGAUGCCCAUAGUUUAUGGAUGUCUGGGCUCAGUCCCGACACGUCCUAUAUAAUUACAUUAUACGGAGUGCAUCAGGGCUCGAUCCUGGGGUCGAUCUACACUCAAGCAGCUACAGAGGCAGAGCCAGAGAUCGAGCACCUUUUCGUGUCAGACAUCACCCCUGAGAGUUUCCGGCUGGCCUGGACGGCAGAAGACGACAUCUUUGAUCGAUUCGUGCUCAAAGUUAGAGAUUCGAGCAAGCUCUCCCACCCUCGAGAGUUCGUUGUGCCGGGCGAUGAAAGAACCAAAGUUUUAACGCAGCUUUUGGGGGGAACCGAGUAUGAAAUUGAGCUUUACGGUGUCACGCUGGAACAUCGCUCCCAACCCGUUACUGCUGUUGCCAGAACAGGCCUUGGAGCUCUAGGGGACCUUCGUUUCUCUGACAUGACGGACACAACAGCUGUGGUCUCCUGGACUCGACCGCGAUCCCAACCGGACUCCUACAGGAUCACUUACGUCCCCAUCCAAGGAGGUGCUCCCAUGAUCUUGACGGCGGACGGGUCACAGUCUCAGGUUUCGCUGACCAAUCUGAUUCCUGGAGAGAUGUAUCAGCUGUCGCUUGUUGCAGUGAAAGGUCUGGAGGAGAGCGAGCCAGUGUCCGACACUUUUACUACAGCCCUGGAUGCGCCACGCAGCCUGACUGCUGUCAAUGUCACCGACACAAAGGUGCUGUUGCUGUGGCAACCUGCCGUGGCGACCGUGGAUGGAUAUGUCAUCACAUACAGCGCAGACACUGUGCCAGAGAUAUCAGAGCAGGUUUCUGGAAACACGGUGGAGUUUGAGAUGAGCUCACUGGCUCCAGCAACUCAAUACACUGUCAAUGUUUUUGCCAUCAGAAACCGAGAGAAAAGUGCUCCAGCGACCACAGACUUCACCACAGAUGUGGACACUCCGCGUGAUCUGGUUGCCAGUAAUAUCCAGACAGACAGCGCCGUUCUCACCUGGACGCCGCCGCGGGCCGCCAUCACCGCAUAUAUCCUGACCUUUGAAGCAGCGGACGGGGAUGUCAGGGAACUGAAUCUAGAGCCGUCUGCGACCUCACACGGUCUGUCUGAUCUGAGAAGCAGCACUGAGCACACAGUCCGACUGCAGGCCGUCGCUGAGGACAAGCGGAGCACACGGAUCAGCACCGUCUUCAGCACGGCUGGCACGCGCUACAGGAACACCAAGGACUGCUCAGAAACUCUGCUGAACGGAGAGACGGCCUCGGGUCCGUACACCAUUUACAUCAGCGGAGACGAGAAGCAGCCGGUCCGAGUUUACUGUGACAUGAGCACCGACGGCGGUGGCUGGAUGGUGUUCCUACGGCGUCAGAGCGGCAAGCUGGAUUUCUACAGGAACUGGAGGAACUACUCUGCAGGAUUCGGCGACACGAACGAUGAGUUCUGGCUCGGACUUUCAAAUCUUCACAAAAUCACCUCAGCCGGUCAGUACGAGUUGCGCGUGGACCUGCGUGACGGACAGGAGAGUGUGUUUGCAGUCUACGAUAAAUUUUACAUCGCAGAUCCUCGGUCCCGCUACAAGAUCCAGAUUGGUGCAUACAGUGGUACCGCAGGUGAUUCCUUGUCAUAUCACCAGAACAGACCCUUCUCCACCUAUAACAAUGACAAUGACAUUGCCGUCACCAACUGUGCCCUGUCCUACAAGGGAGCGUUCUGGUAUAAAAACUGCCAUCGAGUGAACCUGAUGGGGAAAUAUGGAGACAGCAGUCACAGCAAAGGCAUCAAUUGGUUCCACUGGAAAGGCCACGAGCAUUCGAUUCCAUUCGCGGAGAUGAAGAUCCGGCCAGUCAAUUUCAGAAACUUGGAAGGCAGACGGAAAAGAUCAUAGACUUUAAAUAUCCCUCUUUCUCUUUUCCCCAAAAUCCCACACAUCUCUCGUCAACAGCCCGUCUCCCGUCACAGACAGAUACGAUUAAAACUCCUGAGUGAAACAGUUUUAGCCAUUCGAACAUUGCCUUCCAUGUCAACAUUAUUAGACCAGUGAACGCCAGCGAAUACGGCUUCUUCAGACCUUUGAUAUGUCAGAAACAGCCGUGAUUGGUGGAGGGUAACAAACCUCCAUAUUUAGAAUGAUUAAAGGAAAUAUUCAAUGAUCUUGUACAGAUUUUAUUUCAGAGGAGGAAGUGUCUUCGAGACCAGUGCUGUCAUUUCCUCAUCAUUACCACGCUCAGGUCUGACAUGCGGUAGUCAGGAUGGUGCAAAUAAAUGUGUUCAUUUUGUCAGUUUUCAAAAUUAAAGAAUCAAAUUUCAAUGUGAUUGUUUUCUUUCCCCCCAUAGAGUCCUCGGUAUCUAUAAUCCCUAAAAAGUGUU